AUGGCACCUACUAGCAACAAGGCCAUCAUCUUCAAGAAGGCUCCCGAGGGCUUCCCCAAGCCCGGCGAGGACCUUGUGGUGGAGGACCGGCCGAUCGAGCUGGUGGCUCCCGAGGGCGGCGUCGUGGCAAAGGUUCUGUACAGCUCGUUCGACCCGUACCAGCGCGGGCGCCUCCGCAACCCCGAGGUCAAGUCGUACUUCCCGGCCCUGACGAUAGGGCAGCCGAUCGAGAACUCGUCGCUGCUGCGGGUGGUCGAGUCCAAGACGGAGCGGUUCGCCAAGGGCGACGUGGUCAAGCACCUCAUGUGCCCCAACCAGCAGUACGUGGUGCUGUCGGCCGAGCAGGCCAAGCAGCAGAACGUCUUCAAGGUCGAGGAGUCGGGCGAGUUCGAGCUGGCCCACCACCUGGGCGCGCUCGGCAUGCCGGGCCUGACGGCCUACUCGUCGCUGUUCGAGAUCGGCAAGCCCAAGAAGGGCGAGACCAUCUUCGUCAGCAGCGCCGCCGGCGCCGUCGGCCAGCUCGUCGGCCAGCUGGCCAAGCGCGAGGGCCUGACCGUCAUCGGCAGCGUCGGCUCCGACGAGAAGGUCGAGUACUGCAAGGAGCUCGGCUUCGACCACGCCUUCAACUACAAGAAGGAGUCGCCCGACGCCGCCCUCACGCGCCUGGCGCCCGGCGGUAUCGACAUUUACUACGAGAACGUCGGAGGCGAGCACCUCGAGGCCGCCCUCAAGCACAUGAACAAGUUUGGCAGGAUCCCGACUUGUGGAAUGAUUUCCGAGUACAACGUCAAGCCCGAGGACCAAAAGGGUAUCAAGGGCCUGAUGAACAUCGUCUCCAAGGAGAUCACCAUGCGCGGUUUCCUGGUCAACUCGCUCGCCGGUGCCUGGGCUGCCAAGUUCACCGAGGACGUCACCAAGGGACUGAAGGACGGCUCGAUCAAGGCCAAGCUUCACGUUGUGGAUGGCAUCGACAACGGCCCCGAGGGUUUCGUUGGCAUGCUGCGGGGUGAGAACUUUGGCAAGGCCUCAGAAUGUCACAUAACUAUCCAUACCGCCCCGCGCACUGGUCACAGGAUGGAUGAAGAAGACCGCGGCUACAAGGUCCAGAACCGAGAUAGACGCACCGCUUCCGGUCUCGGCUUCGCAAAACAACUGGCACGGCAAGCGGCGGCACGAUCCAUCGGAUCAGCCCUUGCUGGCAAUGCAUUGGGCCCGUCUGCAGAUGCAGCACAACCCAUUGCCGCUGCUGCUACUGCUGCUGCUACUGCUGCUGCUGCAGUGCAUACGCUUCCCCCAUCCCCGCCAUGCAAACCCAUCAAACGGCGCCAUGGUGCUCGAGCUUCGUCCCCAUGCAGUCAGGCCGCUGACAAGCUUUACCUGUCCCCAUUCGGCCCGUCCGAGGUCAAGAUGGAGGGUGGCGCUGACAGAACCAUGUUGAUCCGCGACGAUCUGUCAGAUUCUAAUUCGAGUGCUCAGACGGCCAUGCAUCCACCCUGCCACAAGUCGGCCAUGGCCAUGCCAGGCCCGGCUGCAGUCGACCUGUCCUCAGUCCCGGACUCUGCAUUGUUUGUCAUCGACACGGUCGGUGGCAGCUUGGAGCCGGUGCUUGACCCUUCCCAGGCCGCCUUGGUGGACCGCAUCGUGCGCGGAGAAAACAUCUUCUUUACCGGCUCUGCCGGGAGCGGCAAGUCGACGGUGCUCAAGGCAUUCGUCAAAAGACUGAGGGCUAUGGGCAAGAGAGUCGACGUCGUCGCUCCCACGGGGCGGGCCGCUCUGGAGGUUGAAGGGUCGACGGUCCACAGCUAUGCGGGCUGGGACGCCUCGGCUCUGUCGCUGGGAGAAGCGACACGCCGGGCGAAAAAGCCUGGUGUAAAGAAAAGACUCCGUGCGACCCAGGUGCUGGUGAUAGACGAGAUAAGUAUGGUCUCGAGCUUUACGUUCGAUCUCCUCAGCCACGUGAUGCAGGCGGCUCGGUACGGGGACCAGAGGCCGUUUGGUGGUGCCCAGGUGGUUGUGUCGGGCGAUUUCUUUCAGCUGCCGCCCGUGAAGCCUUUCGAAAACUGUUACUUUUGCGGCAGAGAGCUGCAGGUUGAUGGUCACUCCGGAAACUUGAGGCUUUGCCCGGGCACCAGGUUCGAGACCAAAAGAAAGGUCUGCCAAGAGCCACGCUUCUUUGAUGAGCGUGACAUGUGGGCGUUUUGCAGUAGCGCCUGGCGUCAGUGCAAUUUUGGCUGCGUGGAGCUCCAGACGAUCCACCGCCAGAGGGACCAUAUGCUCAUCGGUAUCCUUCAGAAAUGCAGGACCGGGAAUCACUUGGAUCAGGGCGAGAUCGAUCUUAUCUGCGCUCCCCGGCCUCAAAUCACCGACGCCACGCUGCUGUUGCCCAAAAGAGAUGAUGUGCUGAGGGAGAACGAGACAAGGUACAACAACUUAGCCAAGGACUCGGAGCGUCAAUACCAAUCGGUCGAUUCUGUUUACGAGUGCCCAGACUAUCUUUACAAGUCGUUUUCGUCAAGACUAGAGCAUCAUAAAUAUCUGGAUUUGCUUAAAAUGAGAAAAGGAAUGGUUGUCAUUCUUCGUUCCAACAUCAGUCCAAACAAAGGUCUCGUGAACGGCAGCCAGGGGAUCGUGAUAGGAUUUGCCAAUGUUGAUCCGAAUAGGCUGCCCCGUACUGCAAACAAGAACGACAACGGGUCGCCAAUCUCGGCCCAAGGUCAGCCUAUACUCUACAGCACAUACGCCAGGCUGCAAGCCUCCGAGGUUCGUAAAUUUGUGGCUCAGGCCGACAAGAAACACUGGCCAGUUGUCAAGUUCCACAACGGACUCACCCGGCUAAUCAUGGCCGAAUGCUCAGUCAACAAGUAUUACAUCCCCGAGCAAGCAGGCCCGGUUCUGGUCUGUCGCACCCAGAUACCGCUGAUGGCGGGAUGGGCCAUGACGGUGCACCGUUCCCAGGGCAUGACGAUGGACAGGGUCGUGGUCGACCUGACCAAAGCCUUUGAGAGAGGGCAGGCGUACGUGGCGCUCUCCCGCACGCGUACCCUCCAAGGCCUGCAGCUAAAGGGCAACACCGGAGCCCUCAGCAGACCAUUCAGUGCUGAUCCGCAGGUGCGCGACUUUUACCAGCGGCACUUUGGCUACGUGACCAGGGGCCUGGUCAAGGCAGACGAGGACGAUGAUGGAAUCGAGAAGACGUACGGUUCGAAAGGGGCACUGACCACUGAGAAUGCCUCUGCCAGUCAGCAAUCCUUCGGAAUGCCCCGAGCACCAGUCAAAUCAGAUGGGACACCGGACGAGUUCCCCAUCAUCACACAGCAUCCUCCUAUCACUUCCAACCCUCUUCCAACCAACAACCAAUCUCACUCAUCCCAAGUCGACUUUGGUCAACAGGUCAUCAUCGCCAAGAUGCGCUUCUCCAACUUCCUCAUCGGCCUUGCCCCCCUGGCUGCCGCCAGCCCGCUCGUCGCCCGCCAAAACAACCAGGCAGCCGCCCAGGUGGCCCUCAUCGGUGGCGCCGUCGAGAGCAUCGGCGUGCGAUCCAACGGCAACCUCCUGGUCAGCCGCCUCGACAACGGCCAGAUCUUCUCGGUCGACAUGUCCAACAGGCGUCCCAGCCUCCUGGUGCCCUCGCUCGGCCCCAACAUCAACCAGGCCGGCAGCAUGGUCGAGAUUGGCAACGACGUUUGGUACGUCGUGGGCGGCCGCGCCAACGUCCCGGGCAGCUAUGGCAUCUACAAGAUCGACCUGGCCAACACGACGGCCGGCCAGUCGGUCCCCGCCAGCACGGUCGCGACGAUCCAGGGCUCUCGCAUGCUCAACGGCCUGACCAAGGGCUGGAACGACGACACGCUCCUCGUGGGCGACACGCUGGCCGGCAUGGUGUACAGGGUCACCAUCAGCUCCGGUGAGGUCUCGGCCGUCAUCUCCAACGACCAGGCCCUGGCGCCGGGGCAGACGGUCGCGUUCGGCAUCGACGGCAUGAAGUACGUCAACAACACGCUCUUCUUCACCAACAUCGGCAAGCAGACCUUCAACAAGAUCUCCAUCGACGACCAGGGCAAGCCCGGCAGCGUGGUGCAGAUCUUCAGCGGCACCCCCGGCGACGACUUUGUCUUCAACGACGCCGGCGACGCCUUCAUGGCCACCAACUUCCAGAACUCGGUCAUCAAGGUCACCCCCGAGGGCAACAUCACGAGGCUCGCCACCGUCCAGGGCUCCACCUGCACCGCCUUUGGCAGGACCGACUCCACCAAGAACAUGCUGUUUGUCGGUUCCGGUGCCCAGGUAGUCUCCCUCACCAUUUAA